GCUCGGCUCGUCUUGGCUCGGCUCGACUCCGUACCGCUCGGCACAGGUCGGCACGGUACGGCCCCGGCAGCUCAGAAGCCAUUCAAACAAGUGGCUCCGGCAGCAGUUGGAAGCUGGGGCUGGGGAGAGGGCACAGCGCAGCUCCCUGCCCCGGAGGCGCCGGGCCCUUCACACUGCCUCUUUUCUCUGGCGCUCACUCUUUAUUUGACGAUGAAAUAAUGUUGACAUGUCUUGAAUUAUUAAGUAUUCCCUGGAUUUUAUUAGCACAUGAUGCCUAAAUGCUGCUUGUAUCUGCUGGGGUCUUAACUAGAGAGGAGCGAAGGAGAGAGGCAGAGAGACGGAGUGAAAGAGAGGAGAGAGAGGGGUUUUUGACAGCUGUAUUUGUGCUGAUAAGCGAAGGCACAAGGAGACGAUCGACUAGUGAGACAAGAGGAAAGCGGCGGCUCGGAGCUGCUGAGAGGGGCUGCGCUUCCCUCCCGAGACGGCUUGGCCCUCCCGGCGCCGUACUGGAGCUUGGGGGGGAACCAAACCUCCUCCCAGCACCUGGCCGGGCUCUCGGCCAGUGCCCGUGCCAGAGGGCAGCUCACUGGCUGGGCACGCCGGCCGUGCGGGGCAGAUGCCAAUUGAGAUCGUGUGUAAAAUCAAAUUUGCUGAGGAGGAUGAGAAGCAGAAGGAGAAAGAAGAAGGGGAUAAGGAGAGCCUGAUUGAGGAGCCUCCCCAGCCUCGCUCCCGGGACCUGGCUGCCUUUGCCAGCGCCAGCACACUGCACGGCCUGGGACAUAUCUGCCAGUCAGGGCGGCUGGGUGUGCGCCAGACCCUCUGGGCAUUUGCCUUCCUGGUCUCGCUUACCUUCUUCCUCUACCAGGCAGCCAAGUCAGCACUACUCUACCUGGAGCACCCCCACGUCAUGGCCCUGGACGAGGAGGCCAUCCGUGAGAUGGUCUUCCCUGCCAUCACCAUCUGCAACAUCAACCGCUACCGUCACUCGGCACUCACCGAUGCUGACAUCUUCCACUUGGCCAACAUGACUGGGCUGCCCCCCAAGGACCGGGACGGCCACAAGGCCACUGACCUGCUCUACCCUGACCCCGACAUGGCUGACAUCGUCAACCGCACCGGCCACCAGCUCGACGACAUGCUCAAGAGCUGCAACUUCAGCGGCGAGAACUGCUCCUCCCGUGAUUUCACUGUGGUCUACACACGCUACGGUAAGUGCUACACUUUCAAUGGAGACAGGAGGAACCCACGGGUUACCCGCCAAGGUGGCAUGGGCAACGGGCUGGAGAUCAUGCUGGACAUCCAGCAGGAAGAGUACCUGCCCAUCUGGAGAGAGACCAAUGAGACAUCGUUUGAAGCUGGUAUCCGGGUUCAGAUCCACAGCCAAGAUGAGCCACCCUACAUCCAUCAGCUGGGCUUUGGUGUCUCACCUGGCUUCCAGACCUUCGUGUCCUGCCAGGAGCAGCGGCUCACUUACCUGCCGCAGCCAUGGGGGAACUGCCGGGCGAGCGUACAGGGGGAGCAGACGCUGCCUGGCUAUGACACCUACAGCAUCGCUGCCUGCCGCCUGCAGUGUGAGAAGGAGGCUGUGGUGCGGAGCUGCCACUGCCGCAUGGUCCACAUGCCAGGGAAUGAAUCCAUCUGCUCCCCCAAUGUGUACAUCGAGUGUGCUGACCACACGCUGGACACAGCGGUGGAGGACAGCCAGGAGCGCUGCAGCUGCCCCACGCCAUGCAACCUGACGCGCUAUGGCAAGGAGAUCUCCAUGGUGCGCAUCCCCAACAAGGGCUCAGCACGCUACCUUGCCCGCAAGUACAACAAGAACGAGACCUACAUUCGGGAGAACUUCCUGGUGCUGGACAUCUUCUUUGAGGCACUCAACUACGAGGCCAUUGAGCAGAAGAAAGCCUAUGACCUUGCUGGACUUCUUGGGGACAUCGGGGGACAGAUGGGCCUGUUCAUCGGUGCCAGCAUCCUCACCAUCCUGGAGAUCCUGGACUAUGUCUAUGAGGUGGUCCGGGACAGAGUGAGCCGAGUCCUGCAUCGCUCUAAGCCACCCCUGAAGAAGCCUUCAGGCAGCAUUGCCACACUGGGACUGGAGGAGCUCAAGGACCAGAGUCCCUGCGAGACACUGGGCCGACACGUGGAGGGCACCUACAACGCGGGCAUCCUGCCCAACCACCACCACCGCCACCACUACCCUCACCAGGGGGUCUUUGAGGACUUCGCCUGCUAGGCCAGAUCAGGACUGGGAAGGGGCAGCCCUAUGCCACUUCCCCUCCCCACUGUCCUUGUGGAGAGGGACUGCGGCACGGGGCCUCUGCAGCUGCCUCGCGCCGGCACCAGAGCAGAGCCCCAGCCCCUUUGCCUGUUCCUCCCGCUUGCCCCUAGCACGUGGGCUCAGUCCCUUCUCAAGCACAUGGCAUGGAGGAGAAUGGGCACACCAGGGGUGGUGGGGAGAGAAGUGGGGUGGGGACAGAGGGGCUCUGACAAUGCAGAUCAUGCAGGGGGUAAGCUGGGGCCCCUGUGAACCCCUCCAA